AUGUGGGAAUGUGAAUUCCGUAAGCAGAAAAAAGACCAAAAACUCAAUCAUCUGGACAGUCUGUCCAUCUUGAAUAAUCUCCCACUAGUCCCACGACAGUCUUUCUUUGGAGGUAGGACAGGUAAUGCAAAAUCCUAUCACAAAUGUGCUGAGGGGGAAACUAUUCAAUAUGUUGAUGUUUGCUCUCUCUAUCCGUAUGUUUGUAAGUAUGGGAAGUACCCUGUAGGCCACCCAACUAUCUAUGUAGGAGAUAGGGAGUGUCGUGAGAGAGGUAUGGAAGUAGAGGGUUUGCUAAAAUGUAAAGUUUUGCCGCCUCGCGAUCUCUAUCACCCUGUACUCCCUACAAAAAUGAAUAACAAAUUGAUGUUUGCGUUGUGUAGGACUUGUGGGGAGAUGAUGUAUCAGGGAGAGUGUAAUCAUGACAGUGAUAAUAGGGCACUAGUUGGGACUUGGACUAUGGAUGAGAUUAGGAAAGCUGUAGAGAAAGGAUAUAUUGUAUUGGACAUGUAUGAGUUAUGGGAGUACCAGGUAGCGACUUAUGAAAAUGGGGGCUUGUUCACUGAUUUUAUAAAUAAAUUUCUUAAGAUGAAACAGGAAGCUUCGGGCUAUCCAGAGUGGUGUAGGACUGAGGAGGACAAAAACAAGUAUAUUGCAGAGUAUUUGACACAUGAGGGAAUCAAGCUGGAGAAAGAAAAGAUUGUUAAGAAUGGGGGCUUGAGGUCUUUGGCAAAAUUAAUGUUAAAUAGUUUUUGGGGAAAAUUUGGCCAGAGGGAGAACCAGACUAAAGCUACAAUUGUUAGGGACUCUAAAACCCUCUUUCAAAUGUUCUCAUCCCCUGAAAUUAAAGUGAAUAGGCUCCAGACUGUCAAUGAUGAGGUUGUAGUUGUUUCCUGGGAGUAUUUGGAAGAAGUUGGGGAGCCUCUCAGUAACUUUAAUGUUUGUAUCGCGGCUUACACCACCUCGCAAGCUAGGCUCAAGCUCUAUGAACACCUUGAUGCCCUAGGAGCUCAAGUAUUGUAUUAUGAUACAGACAGUGUUUUAUUCUAUCACCGUCAGGGCCUGUAUAGAGUCCCUACAGGAGAUUACCUCGGUGAAAUGACAGAUGAAUUGACAGAUUAUGGACCCGGCUCUUAUAUCACUGAACUUGUCUCUGGGGGGCCUAAAACCUAUGCAUACCUUGUCUGGUCAACCAAUCAACAGAAAUUGAUCCCAGUUUGUAAAAUUAAGGGCCUCACCCUCAACUUUAAAACAUCAAAAACUUUGAAUUUUGAGAAACUAAGAGAAAUGGUUCUUAGUGAAGUAAAGCAGUCCAUUGAUAUCGAAGAACACAGAAUCAGAAGAACUAAAGAUAGAGACAUCGUCACCAUCACUGAGAGUAAAGUCUUUAAAAUCACAGGGCCAAAGAGAAAGUAUGACGGAGAGUAUGACACUCUACCUUUUGGAUUUAGCAAAGUCCAAAGAGACCUGUAA